GAGGGAGCAGGGGUUGGCGCGGGCGCUGGCGUUGACGCUGCGGGAGGGCGACUGUGGCCUAGGCGGUGGCCUUGGCCUUGGGUGGUGCGGAUGAAGUCGCCCAGGGGCUGCUAGUGGCUCCGCAGCGAGGCCUGGGAGAGCCCGGGAAGCCCGCCGCUGCCUCCAGGGCCACAACACAAGCCAGCUUGAGCAGGGAGAAACAACGGCUUUGAACCUGGACCUGCGAGCUGUUAUUUCAGCUACACUGAAGUUCUGCGAUCCCAGAAGGCACCUUUAGGAAAACGAUGGAGUUUAGUGACUGCUUCAGUCUGGCCCGUCCUCACAACCCUCGCCCAGGAGACUUGAUUGAAGUGUUCCGCCCUGGCUAUCAGCACUGGGCACUGUACUUGGGUGAUGGUUAUGUUAUCAACAUUGCCCCUAUCGAUGGUAUUCCUUCAGCCUUUACAAGCGCCAAGUCUGUGUUCAGCACCAAGGCCUUAGUGAAAAUGCAGCUUCUGAAGGACGUUGUGGGAAAGGACACAUACAGAAUAAAUAACAAGUACGAUACAACACACCAACCUCUCCCUGUGGAGGAGGUGAUGCAGCGGUCCGAGUUCGCCAUUGGGCAGGAGGUGGCCUAUGACUUACUGGUCAACAACUGCGAGCAUUUUGUGACCUUGCUCCGCUAUGGAGAAGGAGUGUCAGAACAGGCCAACCGAGCAAUAAGCACCAUUGGGUUGGUGGCGGCUGCUAUUGAUAUCUUCGCAUUCCUCGGCUUGUUUCCAAAGAAACAAAGGACAAAAUAUUAGCAAUUUACUGAAGAGAUUGGAAGUGAAGGAAUCUGUGAGGAGAAAGAAAUUCUGGGGCGAAUACUUAUUUUGAACGCAUCAUAAUUUCUCCUGGUCCCCAUGAUAGAUGGCAGACUCUGUAAUAAAUUGCUUGCUGAUUUUAAUCUUAUCAUUGAGACAAGGAAAGUUUUUCCCCCCCGCUAGUAUAGACUUGCUGUGGCAGCUUGAACAAAAAGCAGUUUCCUUUUGAUGGAGCCAGUUGAGGAGCUUAACAAAACCAAGAUCAUAUUUUAUCUUCCACUGUAAAUAUUGUUUCCCUUUCCCCAAAGGACAGCCAUUUUGCCAGAGGGGUGAAAGUUAUUUGCAUAUGCUUCUGAAAGACAGUUGUCAAGGCCAACGUCUAAAUUCAUAUUCCUUUUCUUGUCAGAAAAAAAAAAAAAGGAAAGUGGAUAUUUCUAGUAUUGGUUAGGCAACAACUCAAGGAUCUCUGAAUGACAAAGCAUCUGAUAGUACCCUGUACUGCUAUCCCUGUGGAGGUGUGAGCAUGUACCAAGAGGAUUGGAAGGGCUUUUGUGUGUAUGUUGUUUGGGGUGCUUAUAAACAGUGUGCAUGUGUGGCGACAGUUGUGGGUGCCAGUCUUUGCUCUCUGAGACAGGGUAUGUUGCCCUUCACAACUUAGGAUGGCUACCUAGCCCAUUAGCUUCCUGAAAGUCUCUUUGUCUUUACCCCUGUUUCAGUGUAGGAGAUCUGGAAUUACAGAUGUGCACUACCAAGCCAAGCUCCUAUAGAAGCUGGGGAUCUGAACUCAGGGGCCUCAGGCUCAUGAGUAAAAUGCUUUCCCCACUAAGCUAUCUCUGGAUUUCUGCAGUGCUUACAGACCCAGCGGGUUCCCUAGAAUCUACUUGUUUGACAGGAAUCAGUGAUGGGCAAUGGGUUGUAUUUUUAUGGAGUUAAAUUGUUCCCUCUAGGUUAUAUAGUAGCUCAGUGGCUUGAUCUUUGAGCCUUGGCAAGUGAUCAUUAAUAUUGAUGUGAAAGUGCUAUAUUUGGAAUACAAUAUCCCAUAUCCCUUUAAAGGCUUUUACUGGAAGCCAAGGAAUCCCAUUAUUUUAUGCAUUCAUUUUAUUGAUUAUGCGUUGAAUUAAACUACCUUUAAAUACCAUGCCUGUGGAAUUCUCGGUAGCAGCAAGUCCAGGAAAAGUGGAAGUUAAGUCUUUCUGCAUGAAGAUGAUGUGUCAGGUCAUCAUAGCAUUACACAGGCACCCUGGCAGCCUGUUUGUACCAUUAUUAAAAGCAUGUCAGUCAGUAAGGAAAAUAUGUCUGUAAAUGUGGGGAUAGGAUGUGAUUGGAAUACGGUAAAGUGACUGUAUGGGACUCAAUGGAAACCUCAUACCUUUGAAACUGGUUUUACCCUGGGGCUAGGAACACUCAAGCCAAUGGAGGUGGGCAACAGUAAUGGUUAACAGAAGUGUAUGCUGCCAUUCCAGCCCCAGAGACCCUCUGUCUCUUCUUUAAGUUUCCUUAACAGGCCCUUCUUAUUCUAACCCCUAAACUCAUUCUUCUCCACUUGGUCUUCUGGGAAAGCAUGAGGACACUUUUAUCCUGGAUGUAGGUCUCUGUUCCUGAAUAGCAAAGCAUGUGCCAUUUCCUAGGAUUGUCCUGUUAAGGUGAGGCCACCUGUAACCACUGGGUUACUUUCUCCUGGUAUGCCAACUUCUCAAGAAAAGAUCUUUAGAGAGGGAAAGCAAACUCAUAGCAGAGCAUUUGUCUUUGACAGAAUUACUCCACUAGAGGAAGUAGUAGAAUUCAGAACCAAAAGCCUCUUGGGACUUGAAGUCAAGCCUUUCUAGAGAAGGCUGUCAUCUCGACUAUGGGAUAAUACUUUGUACUCUUGUAAAGAUUUGUCACUUGUAUAUGUCCAAUAAAAUGGUGAUUGACCAGUAGCCAUGCAGGAAGUAUAGGUGGGACAACCAGACUAGGAAAAUUCUGGGAAGAGGAAAGGCAAAGAGUCAGUCACCAGACAGAUGCAGAGGUCACAAGAUGAGAAUACCUCACUGAGAAAAGGUACUAAGCCACGUGGCUAAACAUAGAUAAGCAUUAUGAGUUAAUUUAAGUUGUAAGAGCAAGUCAAUAAUGAGCCUAAGCUAAUAGCCCAAACAGUUUAUAAUUAAUAUAAGCCUCUGUGCGUUUCUUUGGGACUGAAUGACUGUGAGACAUUUACACAUCUCCACUCCAGAAGAUAAGAAGCACAUUUUUAAAAAUGUCAGAAAUUCACUUUUUAAUUCAUGGGUUCAUUUCCUUCAACAGCCUCAAUUUGCCAUGGAAAUGGCCAGUCUUAGGAUGAGCAGUUCAACCCGCUGGCUUUGCUUUCCUGUAGGUACUCAUUACCCAUGGGAUUAAUGUGACUUGUGCUUGGACCAGAUUUUUUCCCUACACUAUGAUAUGUGGCUGGCAUACAUUUAACAGUCUGUAAUGGAAGUUCAACUCUAUCACAUUCCAAAAAAUGAAAUGUAAUGAUCAUCUAUAGCAGGUGAUAGGUUGUUGGUAAGACUGAGAAGGAAAAGCCUAUAUUUUACUGAAUGCAUACAUUUAACAAAUAAAGUCUGCUAUCUAAAUGUCACACCAUAUCAACUGAAUCUGUUCAUUCUAAGAGUCAAUUUACUGAGUCUGACUGUCAGCUAAAGGAAACUUUCACCUCUAUAGCUUCAAGGAUGCUUAACUUUUUUUUUUUUAAUGAUAAGCUAAUGUGCUUUUAAAAACAGAUUUAUUUUGCCUUUUAUGUAUAGUUGUGCACACAUGUGCACCUGCAGAGACCAAAAGAGGCGUCAGCUAAACCCCCUGGAGCUGGAACUACAAAAGGUUAUUAACUUCUCAAUGUGGUUGCUUGCCUCCAAACUGAUCCUCAGCAGCGCUCAACUGCAGAGCAUCUCUCCAUCCCUAAAAUCUUUCUAAAAGGGCUUUUAAUGUUGUUGUUUUUUGCUAGUCACUGUAUCAGUUACUUCUCUCACUGUCAUUAUUGAAUACGUGGCAGAAGCAACUAAAGAAAAGAGGGGCUUCCUUGGCUCACAGUUUUGAAGGGUUUCAGUCCAUCACAUGGGAAAAUAUGUGGGCAGAAGUGUGAAGCAUCUUGCCACACUGUGUCCACAGUCAUAACAUGGAAGAAAGGGACACAGGUGCUCAUCACCCUUUCUCCUUUUUAUUCUAUCAGGAACUAGGAUCAUGGAUGGGCAACUCCUCUCAUGUCAAUAAAAACUUUGGAGAAACAUCGUCACAGACAUACCAGAGAUGUCUUUUCUACAUGAGUCCAUUGGACUCUCUAAGUCCAAUCAACUUGACAAUGAAAAUUAAUUGUUACAGCUAACAAAUCAGACAGAUUUAAAAUUAUCCUUCUCCAAAUAGCUGUGAACAUACAAAAAAAAAAAACCUUUAAGGCAAACGUAUUAUUUUUAGGUAUGCACAUUGGUGCUGCUAGUUUGAGUAGCAGUGUCCAUAAUGCCAUUUACAGCCAUAGUUUACUAAAAUGUUGAAAACUAAAGAUUUCAGAAUGGUAAGCCAACAGCCAUCUUAUAGUGAAUCCAUACAUUGUGGUACUAGUCACACAGUCGAUAUUCAUGGGGUUCAGCUGAUAACUUGCCUAUGAUUGCAGAUGAUCUGUUGAAUUAACAAACUUAGAUUUAGUAUUUAAAACCUAGAAGUUGAUUUCAAAUUAUCCACCAGAAAUACUGUCUCUGGUGCUCACAGUCAAGGUGAUCCACAUUAAAGGGACUAACUCGUGUGGAGAGCUCACUGAGAAGGAUGCAUUCUUCUAUUGUCUUUAAUGGACAGCUACAAUGAUCUGAAUUAUACAAGUGAUGAAAUACUUGCUUAGUAGCCUGGAGAGUCUCAUUCAGGGAUCAAAGCCUUCUCUAGAAUUUUGUUUUUAAGAUGAUCAAUGAUGAGAUCAGGGAAGUUUCUAAAGUUAGAUGUUGAUACUUCUGUGUAUUAAUAACAAUAAAGAUGGGAACGUACUUUAUGAAGUGAGAAACACAUUUGAACAGUUUAUUACUCUAGUCUACUUGGAUCUGCCAUGUUCACUGGCCCCAUUCAAUAAACAUUGAGAAUGCACAGAGUUGGUGCAGUUUGCUUAUAUUUUAGCAGUGCCCACACCGUGCUUAUACAUGAUUAGCGCUGAUCUCUAUAGUUCUCCACUUCCACAAUCUCUGACUUCCUGUGUAGUUAGGGUGGAAUUCUUUCUUCUUCUUUCCCCUCUCUCUAUUGAAGCCAUACCAAAGACGUAAAAGAAAGAGGAAUUUGGUGAUCCUGGGCCAAGAUAGGUGCAAUAAUGUGCUUCACAAAUUAGCAUAAAAUUAAGGAAACUUAGCAUUAAUUAAUGCAUCAGCCAAACUUUCGAAUACUAAAUGCUUUCUUCUUUCUUGAUGUCAUACAUCUAAUGCCAUUGCAUGAAAGCUGUGCAGUUAAAAAGAAAGUUCCGUAUGAUAUAGUUUAUUAAAACGGUGAUCUGAGAUGUGCAGGUUUUUCUCUCGCUAGUGAAGGGUAUAAUGAACGUAAGGUUCUUUGAUGCAAGGCUCAAUAUAUUGAAGUGCUCUGAAUGCUUAGAUGGAGAGAGAAGAGAGGGGUCUGCAACUUUCACCUCUCCACGGUGUUCAGUUUGGAGGACAAAAGAUGAUGAUGCGGAACAAGCCUGACAGCUGCUCAGGUCACAGUCUGGUCCAAAAGUGUUGUUCUGAGGCUUGCCCGGCCAGCCUGAGUCUCCCUUUAGGGAGCUGUUCAGGGCUUUC